UUUUUAAUUAUGACCUGCUUAUUUAUUUCGUGCAUUUAUUGUGUUCUUCGUUACUAUUAUUGAACGCUCACUAUAUUUAUUUUAAUUCCCCCACGUUUUUUGAAACUGUUCUUCUCCGCUGCUUUUUGUCUGUUUCAAAUUCAAACUGGGGCUCAGAUUUCAAUUUUUCUUUUUUUUAUAUAAAAAAUAAAAAUCACGGGUUUGGGGAGCGAAGAGAAGACCAGAAACCAGGUAACUAACUUUCGUGGCGUAACUCAAUGACCAAUCUCAAGCUAGCAGUGGAAGUUGUGAGGGCCCACAACCUAAUGCCCAGAGACGGGCAGGGCUCGUCCAACGCUUUCGUCGAGCUUCAAUUUGACGGUCAGAAAUUCCGAACCACCGUUAAAGAAAAAGACCUCGACCCGUUUUGGAACGAGAGUUUCUAUUUCAACGUAUCGAACCCGAACGAACUGCACAGUCUCACACUCGAUGCUCAUAUCUACAACAUCAAUCAAGCCAUCAAUUCAAAAACUUCACUUGGAAAGGUUCGAUUAACCGCCACGUCAUUUGUUCCCCACUCAGAUGCCGUUGUAUUUAACUACCCUUUGGAAAAAGGGAGCAUGUUUUCACGUGCAAGAGGCGAGCUUGGCUUGAAAGUAUAUGUAACCGAUGACCCCUCUAUCAAGUCUUCUAUCCCUCUUCCAGAUAUUGCUUCUUCUUCUUCGUCGCAUUCGAGUUUGCAGUCAAACCAAAGUGAGUUGACUUCUAGAAAGAUCGAAGAAUCAGCUUCGGCCAUAUCAACAAAUGGAAAAAAGGGUAUGAUACGCUCGUUUUUCCAUCUCCCUAGAUCGAAUAAUCAGGUACAACCGCCUUCUCCUGCACCCUCACAGCAGCCUAUCGUGUACAGGGGUGAUGAAAUGAGGUCUGAAAAUCAUGCACCGCAAAUGUUCAACAUGUUUGCGAAUUCGUACACGCAGUCGAGUAAUUUUGCACUUAGAGAAACGAACCCUAUUCUCGGAGUGGGCCUUGUCGAGCAAAUGCAGUUCCUCUUUGUUAGGGUUGUCAAAGCUAACGACCUUCCCUCAAAGGAUCUCACAGGGAGUCUUGACCCUUACGUGGAAGUCAAACUCGGUAACUACAAAGGAGUCACGAAGCAUCUCGAGAAGAAUCAAAGCCCUGAGUGGAACACUGUUUUCACCUUUUCGAAAGAUAGAAUGCAGUCCUCUCUUUUGGAAGUUCUAGUGAAAGAUAAGCAUAUCUUGAAAGAUGAGUUUGUUGGUGUUGUUCGAUUCGAUCUCCACGAGAUUCCGACGCGGGUCCCUCCUGACAGUCCAUUAGCCCCGCAGUGGUACCGCCUCGAGAACAAGAAGGGCGAAAAGGGAAAAGGCGAAUUGAUGCUGGCUGUUUGGAUAGGCACGCAAGCCGAUGAAGCUUUCUCCGAUGCUUGGCACUCGGACGAAGCUACCUCUGUUGAUAGCUCCACACCUUCGAAUCACAUCCGUUCGAAAGUGUACCAUUCUCCGAGGCUGUGGUACGUACGCGUGAACGUGAUCGAGGCUCAAGACUUGGUUUUUUUGUCGGAAAAAAAUCGUGGAUUAUCAAAUGUGCAUAUUAAAGCUCAGAUAGGUAACCAAGUGUUGAAAACGAAAUCGAUGCAGUCGCAGAAUACGAAUGUUUUGUGGAAUGAAGAUUUGAUGUUCGUUGCUUCUGAGCCUUUUGAUGACCAUUUGAUUCUCACGGUUGAGGAUCGAGUGGGCCCAAAUAAAGACGAGGUUCUUGGUAGGACAUUUAUACCCUUGGCCACUGUCGAAAGGCGUGCGGAUGAUCGAAUUGUUCACUCUCGAUGGUUUAAUUUGCAAACACCGAGUAGUUCCGAUAUUGAGGAGCCGAAGAAAGAUAAGUUCUCGAGUAGGAUCCAUCUUCGUGUUUGCCUUGAUGGUGGUUACCAUGUUCUUGAUGAAUCUACGCAUUAUAGUAGCGAUCUUCGACCGACAGCUAAGCAGCUAUGGAAGCCACCAAUUGGAAUUCUUGAACUGGGCAUUUUAAAUGCUGACGCUCUUACAGCGAUGAAGACGAGAAACAAUCGGGGCACUUCGGAUACUUACUGUGUUGCAAAGUACGGUCAGAAAUGGGUUAGGACAAGAACAAUCACAGACAGCUUAAACCCAAAGUACAACGAGCAGUACACUUGGGAAGUUUUCGAUCCAGCCACUGUCCUAACUGUCGGUGUUUUCGAUAACGGCCAAAUUACCGACAAGGGUUCGAACGGAAACAGAGACACGAAAAUCGGGAAAGUGAGGAUCCGAAUUUCGACACUCGAAACGGGAAGAGUCUACACUCAUUCUUACCCAUUGCUAGUUCUCCAUCCGUCCGGCGUAAAGACAAUGGGUGAGCUGCAUUUAGCAAUUCGGUUUUCGUGCACUUCAAUGCCGAACAUGAUGCUGCUGUACUCGAAACCCUUGUUGCCCAAAAUGCACUAUAAGAUGCCUUUGACUAUGGUGCAGUUAGACAUGCUGCGUCACCAAGCUGUCGCUAUAGUGGCGGCACGCCUGAGCAGGGCUGAGCCGCCCCUCGGAAAAGAAGUCGUCGAGUACAUGACAGACGCUGACUCACACCUAUGGAGCAUGAGGAGAAGCAAGGCGAAUUUUUUCAGGCUGAUGUCGGUUUUUAACGGAGUAUUUGCAGUUGGGAAAUGGUUUAAAGAAGUUUGUGCAUGGACUAACCCUAUAACUACAGUGCUAGUGCAUGUCCUCUUCUUAAUGCUGAUUUUUUUCCCGGAGUUGAUUCUUCCGACGCUUUUUAUGUACAACUUCUUAAUCGGGCUUUGGAACUAUAGAUACAGGCCGAAGUAUCCUCCGCAUAUGAACCCACGGUUAUCCUGUGCGGACUCGGUUCAUUCUGAUGAGCUGGACGAGGAGUUCGAUACUUUUCCUACUUCUAAAAGCUCGGAUCUUGUAAGAAUGAGGUACGAUCGGUUGAGGAGUGUGGCGGGGAGAAUUCAGACAGUGGUGGGGGAUGUUGCCUCGCAGGGGGAGAGGAUUCAGGCACUGCAGAGCUGGCGGGACCCGCGUGCGACUGUGAUAUUUAUGUUGUUCUGUGUUGUGGCUUCUGCGGUGUUGUACGCUGUGCCUUUGAGAUUGCUGAUUGUGACAGGUGGACUCUAUGUUAUGAGGCAUCCUAAGUUUCGUCAUAAGCUGCCGCCUGCGCCGCUCAACUUCUUCCGGCGUCUUCCGGCGAGGACCGAUAGUAUGUUGUGAGUUGUUAAAUCUUUAUUCUUGCAACUUUUUUUUUUUUCCGAGAUUUUUAUGUAAUUCUGGAUUUUCAUAAAGCUCUUUGCAUCAGUUGCCUUUGUCUUGUUUGUUCAAUUUGGAGAUGUGUAUAGUGAUGUUACUCAACUAU